AUGUUCCGCUUUACCGAACUUGUCUAUCUCAUCGCCAGUUGGUCGUCCCUUGCUGCUGCGCAUACGGUUAUUGUGUACCCUGGCUGGAGAGGGAACAAUAUCCACACAAACGGAACCGCAUCGCCAACAGACCCAAACAUCAUUCCGGGGUCGCUGGGAAUCAACUACGACAAUGGUACCCUCGGGUUCCCAUAUGGAAUGCAAUGGAUGUACCCAUGCGGCGGCAUGCCAACAUCGCAAAACCGCACGAAAUGGCCCUUGAAGGGCGGCGCUAUAUCGAUCCAGCCAGGAUGGUUUCCCGGCCAUGCAAACGCACAGUUUUACAUCAACAUGGGUUACGGCAACGAGCCGCUCAACUACUCACACAACAUGCUGCCCGUCUUCCAGAUCACCGGCCCCUCCAACCUGCAAUACGACGGAACUUUCUGCCUCCCGCAGGUUCCACUGCCAGCCAACUUCACGCCCCAAGUUGGCGACAACGCAACCAUCCAGGUCAUUGAAACCGCGCAGCACGGCGCAGCCUUGUAUAACUGCGCAGACAUCACCUUUGCCGAGCCCGAAGACGUACCCGAAGUCAACGCAUCCAACUGCUUCAACAGCACGCAGCCAGGCCAGGAAAUCGGCUUCCAGGUCGUCUACGCAACCACGAGUUCGCCCGCGCCUCACACCCUGGUCGUCAACGGCUACGCAUCCAUUGCAGUACCGUUGAUGCUCGCCGCAGCAUCGUACCUCACGUGGACAUGA